GUAGGUGUCUGGUUGCAAACCUUUUAUGGUCCCCACUCAGCUGGGAUAUCAGCAUCUGCAUUAUAGCUCCCAUCUAUUCUUAGGUGAUAUCCCAGCAGGACUGAACAGUGCCACCUUGUUGCUUUGUGAAAGAGAUACAAAAUGGCUUACAGCGUGACUCUGAAUGGACCUGGACCCUGGGGUUUCCGGCUGCAAGGGGGCAAGGACUUCAACAUGCCCUUGACUAUCUCCAGAAUCACUCCUGGCAGCAAGGCAGCACAGUCACAGAUGAACCAAGGGGACCUUGUGGUAGCCAUUGAUGGAGUCAACACUGACAGCAUGACCCACUUAGAGGCCCAGAACAAGAUCAAGUCAGCCAGCCACAACCUGAGCCUCACUCUUCAGAAAUCUAAACGCCCAGUGCCAGUUUCAACCACAGCACCUAGAAUUGACUCUCCCAGGGCUGUAAUUCCUCACCAGAAGGAACCUGCUUGGGAAAUCAAUGGCAACAGAACAACCUUCAGUCCUCUAACUAACACGGCGACUGGGCCUAUGAGUAGUAUUUUAGAAACCAAUGGAACGUUUUCAGGCUACCUCAACAAGCAAGAGAUCAGCUUUUCAAAUAGCUCUUCCUACUUAAAGACUACCACAGUUAGAACUUCCAUGUCCUCUCAGUCUGUGACUCCCGACAUUUCACCUGCAAAGAGUAACCUAGGUUCCAAAGUAAGCCCCGUAUUGACUGAUGGCAAUAGCCCUUUACAGCAGCUGAGCCCUGCAAGGCAGUAUAACAACCCCAUUGGCCUUUACUCAGCAGAGACUCUCAGGGAAAUGGCUGAGAUGCAUAAAUUAAGUCUCAACCGAAGGGCUUCACAAGGCGGACUUCCUAGAGGUACCCUUCCUCUUAAAGAUCCUCACGUAGACAGUGCCUCUCCGGUGUAUCAGGCCGUGCUUAAAACUCAGAACAAGCCUGAAGAUGAAACCGAAGACUGGAGUCGCCGUUCUGCCAAUUUGCAGUCUAGGUCUUUCCGCAUCCUAGCCCAGAUGACUGGAACGGAGUACAUGCAAGAUCCAGAUGAAGAAGCCCUGAGGAGGUCAAGAGACAAGGAAAAUGUUGCAGCAGCAUCAGAAAACAGGCCUACAGCUACUACACACGCGCCACAGUAUGUGACCUCAAGUAUUUGGCAUUCUCCUAAAUCAUUCACCACGGAUGCCAACACUGACAAUGCUAAGCCAGUGGCUUCCAAGGGCUCUCUGAGGCUUGGAGCGGGUACAAGUCAGAGGGAGGCCAGUUUCGUCACUACUGGCCAGAAAGUCCCUCUCACUUCAUCCAGUAAUCAAAGUACCCCUGUUGAGCAUGCUCCGGUGUCUACCAGUUCUGCCUCUGCUCCUGCACCACAUGCUUCAGCACAUCAGCCUGCUACUGCUGCUCAAAAUACAGCCAGUCUGAUGACACCACCAGCAACCACCUCAGUAGCGCAAGAGUCUUUCUCAUCCUCCUUCCAAAGAAAUGCAAACCAGCCAUAUACACCAAUGCCAGUUUCUGGAAGCUAUGGUGAAAGUCCUGCUGCUUCUGCUACUUCAAAACCAAGAGUUGUUACUACUGCCAGCAUAAAGCCCUCUGUCUACCAGCCAGCACCAGCACCAGUUCAUUCCUACACGCCUGCCAACGCUGAGCCUGCAAGUCGCCCUCCCUGGGUAACAGAUGACUCCUUUUCCCAGAAAUUUGCACCUGGAAAAACCACCACCACUGUCACAAAGAACAUCCUACCAAGAGGUGCUUCAGUACCAUCUCCUGCCUCAACAUCUGCUUACCCAUCUCCAGUUUCAACUUCUUCACAGGCUCCUGCAAUAGCCCGGGGAACAGUUCAGAGGGCUGAGCGUUUUCCAGCUAGCAGCCGAACUCCUCUCUGUGGGCACUGUAACAGCAUAAUUCGGGGUCCUUUCCUGGUAGCCAUGGGUCGCUCUUGGCACCCAGAAGAAUUCAAUUGUGCUUACUGCAAGACAUCCUUGGCGGAUAUGUGCUUUGUGGAAGAGCAGAAUAGUGUGUACUGUGAACGCUGUUAUGAACAGUUCUUUGCACCAACCUGUGCCAGAUGCCACACUAAGAUCAUGGGGGAAGUGAUGCAUGCCCUAAGACAGACUUGGCACACAAGUUGCUUUGUCUGUGCUGCUUGUAAGAUGCCGUUUGGGAAUAGCCUCUUUCACAUGGAGGAUGGGGAACCUUACUGUGAGAAAGAUUAUAUUGCUUUGUUCAGCACAAAAUGCCAUGGCUGUGAUUAUCCUGUUGAAGCUGGAGAUAAAUUCAUUGAAGCUCUUGGACACACUUGGCACGAUACCUGCUUCAUUUGUGCUGUAUGCCAUGUGAAUUUGGAAGGUCAGCCAUUCUACUCCAAGAAGGAUAAGCCACUGUGCAAGAAGCAUGCCCAUGCCAUCAAUAUUUAAAAGAAGAGCUGACAGUCUGUAAUGCUGGAGAAAAGCAGAUGACUAACUGGGCAAUUAUAAAGUUGAUAAACAUGGCUAGCAUUUCUCUUGGUAAACGCUAGAAAAUUGAUAUUUCUGAAGUUUAACUUUAACCUCUUUCGUAAAUGCAGAACGUGCUUUUGCAAAGUUCAUACAAAAACCUACUGAAUGAACAGUCAAAACAAAAUGAACUAGUCCAUUUUUAGAGCAACAGUUGGGGAAAAUAUUGACAUUAACUAAAAACUGUAAUAUAAAAAGUAAUGUGCAAAUACAGUUUUAAAUGAACUAUCCACAGCAGUUUUACUGCUUAGACCACACACUAGUGUUUAAGAACAACUGGAAAAGUCCUUUUUGUAAUAAGUCAUUUUCUUUCAUAACAAGAAUGAGUAAGUGCCACAUGUACAAUAAUCUGUAGAACCAAAGGCCAUAGCUUUCAAAGGGAAAUAAAUAGAUUAGGAUUUCCUCUAUGAAAAGUGAGUGCUAUUCCAUUAUGUUGUGGUGCUACUUCAUAGCAUCAAAUAUUUUAGAUUCUUUCCAAAUAAGAAGUCUGCCUUGAAUCCAUAUGUAGCUGGGAAGCCUAGGAGAUAAUCUGUACUUAGUUUGAAAAUAAAGUGGAAAUGGAGUAAUGCCUUCCAUAGCCCACUAAGAUUGAGAAAAGUACAUUGGGUCAACCUUGCUAGUACACUUGGUUUAUAUGUGCACAGUAGAUUAGUUCACUUUCAAAUCAUAAUGGAAAAGGACAACUGGCUUUCUCCAAAUUGCUCUUACAUUGAAUGGAAUAUUGCUGGCUGGAAAGGCCAGCUUUUAAUUCGAAACUGGUUUUCCUUUCCUCGUGUGGAAAAAAAAUACUCAAAGCACUUUGGUUUCUAAUUCCCAUUGAUAUCAGUGGGAGGUAGGAAUCUACAUCUGGAUCUUCACAUUGAUGAACUCAGAAGACACACAUCCAUCUAGCACAGCUAGGAAGUGGGACAUAGCUUGCAAAAGCUCCCUGCUUUAUCCCACAUAGUUAGGAAAAGAGCAUAUUUUUUUUGAAUCUAUAGUAAAUUAACAUUGAUUUAAAUAUUCAUAAGGCAGGCACACCACAGGCACAUAUUCAUUAUUACUUUUGUUAGUUUAAAUGCAACACAUCUGCAUUGCAGUAGUAUUUGCCAUUGUAAAACAGUUGUUAGGCUCCGACAAUUAGGAUAACCGUACAGUCAUCUUUUUUAAUAUUUUAAGAACAACUUUCAAGUUGUUCAAACAGUUAUUUAUAAAACGUUGGGUUUGGUUUUUGGUUUUGUUGGGUUUUUUUGGUUUUUCUUUCAAAAAAAGCAAUACUUGUAUUACUGAUAAUACUUUUGGAUUUUUAAUUUUAAAUAUCAGUGACUUUUGUAUUGGUGACAGCAGUUCUGUCUGAUAGAAAAUAGAGCUAAAAUGGAAAGUCUGAUCACUAUUCAAGUUUUAUUAAUUUGUUUAAGUGAGAAUUAUGAUGCGCGUGUUGACAGCUUGCAGUACUGACAGUUUUGAAUUAGUGUUUCUGAGGCUGAGGAUGCAUUCUGUGGGCCACAUUCUGGUGCCAUCUGCACCCUAUUUUACCUUACGUUUUAGGUAACAAGAAAUUACAUAGCAUUGUCAGCCAUUUCCAUCCUAUGGGUUAUGCCCAUUGUAAGAAAAUUGGUGUGUCUUUUCAGGGAUUACAAACCAUCCAAAAUUUGGGGGAGGAGUAAAAAUUAGCUGCAGGCAGUCCCCAUCUUGGACAAAAAUAACAACCUGAACUGCCUGUGGCAGUUUUGACAUGUAUGACCUGUAUUUAUUCAGUGGGUAUCUUAGUUCUCACUGAUCUUAGCAGUCAUCUGAUCUGGGUGCUACAGGGUCAGCCUUUUGUAUGCAUGAAUUAUUUUAAAACACUAGUACAUUAUAUGCAAAGCCUUUUUUUUCCCUAUAGCAACCAAAUUUUCUGCUUUCAGUCGGUGCUGGGCUGGUGUGAAUACGGUUCCAUUGAUUACAAAAUCCAAAGAUCUGGCUCAUCAUAUUCUCAAGAGGAAUAAAUUGUAAUCAUGGAAGCUAAAUAUUUUUUCACUAAUAUUUGACUUAAUUAAAUACCUUUUUAUAACAGACAAUUCUAGAUUUCCUUUUAAUUUUUGAAUGUCAUCAACAAAAUGAUGUUUAUUAUUCUCUUUUAUUUAAGAGAAUUCAUAUCAAUGUAUUAUACACUGACUGCAUUGAAGAUAUUCUUUAGGCAGAUUUCUGUGCUACCCACCGACUGGGACUGGUCUGUUACCAUCAACAUCAAAACAGGGAGUCACUCCUUGGGAGGACACAAAUUGCUAGGGCUUGUGAUGCUUGAGAAGAAUUUCAUGAGGUCUUUCACCUCUACUCUGCAUGUGUGUAUGUGUGUGUCUCACUCUCCACCUUUCCCCUCAAUGUCCCUAAAAGCUCCCUGGCAGCAUGUAAGAUAAAGCGUUUUAGAUGGCCAGAGAUGGAAGGCUGCAGCUUAGGCAGGGGUACAGUCUGUGAGGAGAUGGUGGCGGACAGCACAGCUGGGGCUAUCUCUUCACGUUCACAGGGGAGCCCAGACUGCCAGCUGAAGUGGCCCAGGUCAGCCAGCGAGUUCCUGGGGUGGACAGGGAUUGUGUGGGCAGGGGAAGGGAGGCCUGAGUCAGAGGAGAGCAACUGUGGCAGCCAAACGUAGGGGCUCUGAGGGCCUCCGGUUGAGUGUGAAAAGAUGAGGCAUUGAGGAGAUGGGAAGCCCUCACUGAAGCUGGUGUUGGAGGAGAGGUAAUAGCUAGGUAAGGCCAGUUUCACUAAGUUGUUAGAUAGUUGGGGUGGGGCAGAGGCAGGAAUAGCCAGGAUGAUUCACUACAGUCAGGGAAAGGGCUUGAAGCAAGAAAUGAGGGUACAAGUAGUUCACAAUAGUCCAGAGAGAUAAUCUGAGUAUGAAUAGAAGGCGUGAGCAAGGGGUAUAUAGGAUCCAAUCUAGUAAAUUUGAAGUCAGUACUGCAGAAAGGUGAAUGGAAUGUAUGUUAAGCGUAGCUGAGCUAGCUUGUGGAGUGGCAACAGUGAAAAUGCAGCAGCACAGACUUCAGUGGGAGCCGUGCUAACUUGAGAGAGUCUUGAAAAUUUCCUUGGACAGAUAACAUGCACUGUAACACAUGCCCUGACUCCAGAUGGUGUCUGAGCAAGUGAGAUUAAAGCUAGUUUACAUAUCACUAUAUGAGGUACAGUGAUAUCUCUGAAUGAAGAACAGAGAUACCCUAAGGAUUUUAAUGUAAUAAAUUUCCUGUUUUGACUUGUGCUGCUUCGUAAUGUGGUCCAAAAAUAGGGAAUCCACUUACCCGCCCUUGAUAUCUAUAUUAAGAUAUAAUUUUUGCACAUAUCUGAACCAGAAAUUUGUGAAUAAUAAUAAUGUAGUAUUUUACUUUUCACAGGGGUAGAAUACCACAUAACUGCUGAUACUCUUCUGCCACAUGUCACUUUUGUGAUAUGGAAGGGGGAAAGAUGCAUAGAUAUAUAUGUAUAAUUCAGAAUAGGGCCUUUCAACUAUCACUGAGCAUAAAUGCUGUACGAAAAUAUGCAAGAUGAAUAAUGUGUACUUGUUUAUGUUUUAUGUCUUGUAAUAGAUGCCCGGGACAAGUCCUAAAUUCCUCUAAAUAUUUCUUUUCAUUCUAAUUAACACAGGGUUUUACAUAAUAAAACAAAGAUACUGUACCUCUGAAUGAUCAAAUAAAAAGACUAGUCUUUUAUCUAAUUAAUAACUUCAAUAUCUAAUUAUUCAAUAACUUUUCAAAGGUUUCAAAAAUGAUCUUAUUGUUUUUUCUCUUUUUCCGUUCUUUUGGCAGAACAGGGUAAAUGUUUCCAAAGAAAACUGCUUUUAUUAUCUGGAAAAAAAUCACUCUUAUGACUUCUUUAUUUAGAAGUUAGUUUUUACUAUAUUGGAUUUGCGCAUUACACAUUUCUAAAAUCAAUUCAAAACAAUGAAAAAUAUUUUGCUUUGGUCCUUCAGUGGUCAGUACUCUGGGUGAAAUGUUUUGUUAAAGAUUAUUUGUAUUUAUGUUUAAUAAUGUGAAUGUCCACAGCACUGAACACACUCAUUAGUGUCUAAUGCUGGGCACGCUAAUGUUUGUUUGCAAUAUUCGUCUCCUGGCAGCAAAUAUUAAUUUGUUUAGUAUUUAUAAACAUCAGAAUUUGAAACUGAGUGAUUUCUUGCCUGCAGUGGUCAUAUUAGAAGUCUAGGUUUUAUAAUAUAUUGACAUGUUGACUUGAUGCCACAAGUGCUCUUGCUUUUAGAUAUAUAUUUUUUCCUAAGUUCCUAGUUAUUUCAGAAACAGAAUGUAGUGUGGUUUAUGCGGUGUGAGUAACUACCUUGCAUGGAUUAUCUGUGCCAACAUGAGUAAAACAGUUCAGUAAUAAAAGCACUAUGCAAAUACAGUUAAUGCUUUACGAUUUGGGCAUAUUUAUUAAUACGGCAUGUGAACAGCUGACAGCUUUCAGCCAUGUAAUACUGAUAAGAAAGCAUACACAAGCUUGUACUCUCUACUUCAGACCUGAAAAUAAAAAUUAAAGGCAUUGGUUUCAA